AUGAAGCUUUUUCUUCUUGUUGUAUUUACGCUCUUUAUAAGUGCCAAGAGUAAUUUUAUAAAUCGAGAAUGUAAAUGCAAAAUUGUUUCACACAACCUUCAUUUCCCGUAUCAUUCAUGGGAGAUCUCAUCAUGCAAGCUUUGUGGAUGCGACGAUGUUGCUAUGAAGAAUUGUGAGCAGGCAUGUAAACUUAUGAUGCAAGCCUAUACAACUACUGGCUGCGGGAAAGUUGUUAAAGAUAGCAAGGUGAAAUAUACAUGGGAUGCAAGCACAUGUACAAGUGGUAUGAGCAAAGAAGAAUUUUCAUGUUCUUAA